GGUAGGUAUAAAAAGCUGACUGCACUUCGUGAUCGUAUGUGAUAAAAUAUUUUCGUUAAGAGAUCUGCAUGCCUGUUGAUAUCAUUGGAUACACUUAGUUUGUUUGUGGAUGUUCAUCAAGUUUAUGGUCGAAAUAGGUAGAAGUCAAAUAGUAGUGUAGGAGUUUUUGAAAGCAGCCGCAGUCCAUUCAACACUUGAAUAUUAAUAAACCGCGACGCCACUUGAUUGGUCAAUUUAUUUAUACUAGUGACACUCCCACUAAACCGUAAACAUGAGUGCAUUCGACGACGAGCUUUUGGACGAAGAAGCAGAGGAAAUGGCGUUGAAAGAGAGAGAUUUAGCAGACGAUGCUCAAUGGAAGAUUAUCCAGAAAAAUACAUUUACAAGAUGGGCAAACGAACAUUUGAAGACCGUUAACAAGAACCUUACGGAACUAGAAACGGAUUUAAGUGAUGGCUUGAGGCUGGUCGCUUUAGUUGAGGUGCUUUCGGGCAAAAAAUUCAAGUCUGUCAACAGACGUCCAAAUUUCCGUACUCAAAAGCUUGAAAAUGUCACCAAGGCGCUUGAAUUCCUGGAAAGGGACGAAGGAAUUAGGAUUGUCAACAUCGAUUCUGGUGACAUAGUAGACUCCAAGCUAAAGCUGAUCCUUGGUCUAAUAUGGACCCUUAUUCUGCACUACUCCAUCUCGAUGCCCAUGUGGGAGGGGGAAGAACAGCAGCCCCAGGAGGGAGGCCCCACCCCAAAACAGAGACUGCUCAACUGGAUCCAGGGCAAGGUCCCGGACCUACCCAUCAAGAACUUCACAACCGAUUGGAACGAUGGCAAGGCUAUCGGUGCUCUGGUUGAUGCAAUUGCUCCAGGUCUGUGCCCCGACUGGGAAGACUGGGACCCCAAGAAGGCCAAGCAAAAUGCCAAAGAUGCCAUGGACGCUGCUGAGAAAUGGCUCGAUAUUCCACAGCUGAUCAAGCCCGAUGAGAUGACCAACCCGAAGGUUGAUGACCUCUCCAUGAUGACGUACCUGUCCCAGUUUCCCCAGGCCAAGCUGAAGCCCGGGGCUCCUCUCAGGCCCCGCCAGAAUGCCGGCAGAGUUCGUGCCUUUGGCCCAGGCUUGGAGCCCAAGGGAAAUGCUGUGGGAGCACCUGCCAAGUUCACUGUAGAAACAUUCAGCGCAGGCAAGGGAACAUUGGAGAUUCUCGUUCUGGACCCAAAAGGAAAACAGGCUCCCUGUGAGAGCAAAUUUAACAAUGACCGCAACCAGACCUAUUCUUGCCAAUACAUACCAUCGAUGGAGGGGGAAUAUCGCGUCAUUGUCAAGUGGGGCGAGAAGGAAAUCCCUAAAUCACCAUACAAGGUCCUGGUUGAAGGGGCUGCUGGGGAUGCCAGCAAGGUCACUGCAGCUGGGCCCGGUCUCGAGAAGACGGGUGUGACUGUGACUAAGAAGACAUACUUCGAAGUAUAUACAAAGGAUGCUGGACGAGGAACAGUUGAGGUGACAAUUCUUGACCCCAGUGGUCAUCGUGACAAGGUGAAGCCCACCAUCCAGCCAAUGAACAAGGAAGGUGUGUUCGUGGUUGAAUACACUGCUAUGGAAGUUGGUCUCCACUCCAUUAACAUCUCGUUCAGCGGAACCACUAUCAAGAACAGUCCAUAUGGAGUCAACGUUGGGCCGGCUGUCAACCCCAAGGCUGUUUACGCAACAGGGCGUGGAAUUCAGCCCAAGGGUGUCAGGGUGAAGCAGACUGCCGAGUUCAGAGUUCACACAAAGGACGCAGGACAUGGAGAAGUCAAAGUCCAGAUCAUUGGACCAGGUGGAGCCAACAUCCCCUGCAAGGUCGUUCAAUCAAAGACGGAGGAGGGCGUGUACGAGUGCGUCUACACCCCACCAAAGAUUGGCCAGUAUGUCAUCAACAUCACCUUCACUGGCCAGCACAUCACUAAGAGCCCGUUCCGUGUGGACGUGGGUCCAGAAAAAGUGUCAAAGGUCGUUGCCUUCGGGCCCGGUCUUGAAGGGGGCGUGGUCAACCAGCCUGCCUGCUUUACUGUGGAAACAAACGGCGAAAUUGGUGCUCUAGGGUUUUCUAUUGAGGGUCCAUCUCAGGCCAAGAUUGACUGUAAGGACAAUGGUGACGGGUCUGCGGACGUGACCUACUGGCCCACUGUGCCAGGAGAGUACGCUGUUCACAUCCUCUGUAACGAGGAAGAUAUCCCACAAUCCCCAUACAUGGCCCAGAUUCAACCGGCAACUAACGCAUUCGAUGCCUCCAAGGUCAUUGCCAAGGGCCCAGGCCUAGAAAUCGACGGAGUCAUGGUUGGCAAGGUGACAGAGUUCACAGUUGAUGCACGCAAAGCCGGCAAGGCUAACCUUAACAUCACUUGCAUCGACGCAAACUACAAGGCUGUCGAGGUGGUCGUCAAGGACAACAAAGAUGGGACAUACACAUGCAAAUAUCACCCGAAGAGCCCCGUCAGACACACGAUUAUCAUCACCUGGGGCACAGUUGGGAUUCCCAAGAGCCCAUUCAGGGUGAAUGUGUCGGAGCCAGUAAAGCCAGGAAAUGUGAAGGUAUUUGGUCCUGGUGUAGAAAAGGGCGUGAAGACCUUCGUGAUGACGUACUUCACCGUUGACUGCCGAUCUGCUGGCCCUGGUGACGUGGCUAUUGCCCUCGUUGAUGAGCGUGGAAAAGACGUCCCAUGUAACACCAUCGACAACAAAGAUGGGACAUUCAGAAUUGAGUACGAGCCCAAAACUCCGGGCAUGUACGUCGUUCAGGUGUACUUUGCCACCCAGGAGAUCCCCCAGUCGCCCAUCAAGGUCAAGGUUGAAUCCAGCAUCGACCUCAGCAAGGUCACUGUGAAGGGAUUGGAAACACCUAUAACUAUCGGCGAAACGCGAAAGAUUAGCAUAAUCACGACAAAAGAAAAGAAGAAAGACGCACCAUGCGUGGUUACGGUGACAACGCCAAAACAGAAAACUGUGGAGUUGAAAGUUGAAAAGGCCCCGGAUGGGUAUACAACAGAUUUCAAGCCAACAGAAGAAGGGCCUCAUGAAGUUACUGUGGUAUAUGACAAGAAGCCAGCGGAGGGCUCGCCGUUUGAUGUAGAUGUGUUCGGAAAAGGCGGGCCUCAAGUUGUGGUCAGAGGCUUGGAUGAGCCAAUCGAAGUUGGUGAAAUGAGACCAAUAGACAUCAUAACUAAAUCAAUGCCAAAGAAAGAUGCACCGUGCAAAGCUACCCUUACCUCACCAAAAGGAAAAACAGUGGAACUCCCCCUGAAAAAGGGCCCCCAGGGCUACACAACCUCCCUGACCCCUACAGAAAAGGGGCCACACAAAGUGACUAUAACUUUUGAUAGCAAACCUGUACCAAAGUCUCCAUUCACUGUCGAAGUUUACCCGAAAGGUGCCAAGCCCAAGAAAAAGGAACCGAAAGGGGAAAUCACUGUACAGGGGCUUGAUACUCCUAUUCAAACUGGAGAAAAGCGUACAAUCACCAUUGUCACUACAAAAAUGACAAAGAAGACAGCGUCGUGUGUAGUGACAACGAUAAAUCCCAAGGGCCGCUCAUCCAUUCUGAAGACAACACAGGUCACAGAGGGGUUCGAAGCUGUGUUUUCACCCUGGGAUACUGGCGUUCACAAGGUCAAAAUCGAGUAUGAUAAUGAGGAAGUGCCGAAAUCUCCUUAUGAAGUUGAGGUCUACAAAAUCAACAUUGCAGCCAUAGUAGUGAAAGGGCUUGAAAAACCGAUACCUCUCGGUCAAACAAGAAAGAUCAGUAUAAUCACAAAGGACUGCGGAAAGAAAGAUCUUCCAUGCGUGGUGACAUUAAUUAACCCUAAGGGCCAAAAGUCUGACCUUCCGACGAAACCGAAUACUGAUGGGUACGAAACCGAUUUCACGCCCGAUCAGCCUGGAGAAUGGAAGGUCAAGGUAGAAUAUGCCAGCAAAGAGGUCCCGAAAUCACCAUUCACUGUGUCGGUUGAGAUCUCUGAAACCACGCCCUCACAGGUGGCUAAGCCAGCGGAGCAAACACCAAUUGUGCCGGGCAAGGCUGAACCUACUAAGGCAGCACCAGGAUCUGGCCCUGUCACUGUGAAGGGACUUGAGACUCCGGUCAGCCCAGGUGAAAAACGCCCAGUACUUGUUGACACAACCAAGGCACCAAAGAAAGACGCUCCAGUUAAGCUGUCCAUGACCAACCCCAAGGGUCGUACGGUUGAACUCAAAACAAAGCCCGUUCCUGAAGGUCAUGAAACGACAUUCUCAUCAUGGGAUAAGGGAAUGCACAUAAUCAAGGUGGAAUAUGACGGGAAAGAAAUCCCCGAAUCUCCGUUUGAAGUCAUGGUCGAGAAAAUUGAUGUGUCACAGGUCUCUGUGAAGGGAUUGGAGACUCCAAUCCCAUUAGGUGAGCCCCGAAAGGUCACCAUAUUGACUCACAUGACUGACCGCCCAGACGCCCCUUGCGCAGUCACCGCACUUACCCCCACGGGUAAGACGGAAGAAGUCCCAACAAAAGUGACCCCUGAGGGCUAUGAGUGUACAUUUACACCCAAGGAAAAAGGCGACCACCAGGUCAAGAUCACAUUUGCAGGAAAAGAGGUGCCGGAUUCUCCAUUUACUGUCAAGGUGGAGACGGUUGAUGUGUCGGGUGUAACUGUGAAAGGACUCGAUAAACCAAUCAUGGUUGGAGAAAAAAGGAAAAUCUCUAUCAAUACGACCUCCACUGGGAAGAAAGACAUCCCAGCCAUUGUCCAUGUCACAAAUCCCAAGGGUGUCACCACCGAGCUUUUCACAAGUAAAGCCCCAGAAGGGUGUGAGACGUUUUUCACGCCCACCGACCUUGGACCCCAUAAGGUCAAGAUUGAGGUCGCGGGUCAAGAUGUGCCGAAGUCAGUAUUCACUGUUCAGGUCACCAAGUUCGAACAGAGGGUGGACGUGGAAGGCUUGGAUACACCAAUGGCCAUGGGAGAGAAGAGGGUCAUCAAGGCCCUAGUGACUGCUCCGGCCAAAGCCAACCGGUUCGCUCCAGAACCAACUUGCAAGGUCACUGUCCAGAACCCCAAAGGUCGCAACUUUGAGCCCAAGGUCGACAAAAUCCCACAAGGAUUUGAGACUUUCUUCACCUCCAACGAGCCUGGCCCACAUAUUUUCAAGAUUGAAUAUAAUGGAAAGGAAAUUCCAGAUUCCCCGAUAACGUGUGAGGUCGAGAAACUGGAAGUGAGAAAAGUGGAGGUGAAGGGCCUUGAAGAACCAAUUGAAGUUGGGGAAACACGACCCAUUACUGUUGACACCACAGGCGCUGGCAAGACUGACGCACCUUGCAAAGUCACCGCCAUCGGACCAAAGGGCGACACAAAAGAUCUUCCAGUGAAGAAGGUGCCUCAGGGUUAUGAGGCUUUGUUCGCGCCCUUGGAAGUCGGACCCAACAAGGUGAAGGUUGAAUACGCAAACAAAGAGGUUCCGAAAUCUCCCUUCCCCGUCGAGGUGAAGCCAAAGUCAAAAGACGCGCCAGUAAAAGUGAAAGGGCUUGAAACUCCUGUGACAGUCGGAGAAAAGCGACCAAUCACGGUUGAGACACCCAAAUCCGAAGCCCCCAAAAUCACUGCCACAAACCCCAAAGGCAAACCCUCCGAUCUGCCCGCCAAGAAGACCAAAGGUGGCUUCGAGGCCAUUUUCGCUCCCUUGGAAGAGGGCCCAUACAAAAUAAAGGUGGAACAGCCCGCUGGAAAAGAAGUGCCAGGCUCGCCUUUCGGCGUUGAGGUGCAGCCUAAGACGGAUAUUGGCAAAGUCCAAGUUAAAGGCUUGGAGACACCCAUCAAGCCUGGCGAGAAGCGACAAAUUGCGAUCAUCACUCAUGAGGCGAAGGCUGCACCUAACGCACCAUGCAAAGUGGUCGCCACCAGCCCCAAGGGUAAACCCACGGAUCUACCCACCAAGAAAACCAAGGAUGGCUUUGAGACCAUUUUCGCUCCUUUGGAAACUGGGCCACAUCUUGUGCGAGUUCAUUUCGAUAACAAGGAAGUUCCUGAUUCCCCAUUCAGUGUGGAUGUUGUGACUCCAGUUGACUUGGCUAAAGUAGAGAUUAAAGGAUUUGAAAAACCUAUUGAAGUCGAUGAUAUUCGACCAAUCCAAAUCAUCACUAAAGACACGGGCAACGAAGAAGCCCCUUGCAUCACUACAGCAAUCUCUCCAGAUGGACGCGAGAUAUUCCUAGCAACGAAAAAGGUUCCAGGUGGAUAUGAAAGCACUUUCAACCCAAGGGAAAAAGGCCCUUACAAGAUUUAUGUCAAAGUGGCGGGAAGCGAAGUUCCGAAAUCGCCUGUCAGUGUUAAUGUAGAAGAUAAGCUCGAUAUUAAAAAAUUGCAGGUCAAGGGGCUAGAUACACCUAUAAAACUUGGAGAUACAAGGCCCAUUACUGUAGUAACGGCACAAACUGGAAAGCCUGAUCUACCUUGUCGUGUCCUUGCCAAAGGUCCUACAACUCCUUACACCGAACUGCCUACUAAAAAAGUCCCUGAGGGCUAUGAAUGUCUAUACACACCUGAAGAAGGGGGAAAUAACAAUGUUAAGGUUGAAUAUGCUGGCAAAGAAGUGCCGAAAUCACCUUAUCAUGUUCAGGUUGAAACCCCAAUCGAUGAGUCUAAAGUUGAAAUUAAGGGGUUGGAAUCGCCGAUUGAAGUUGGAGAGACUCGACCGAUAACGAUUGACACAUCAGCUACUGGAAAACCUGAUGCUCCAUGCAAAGUUUCAGUUACCAAUCCAAAGGGCAAGACAGUUGAAAUUCCAGUAUCGCAGAAACCCAACGGUUACGAUACUGCAUUUGCUCCUCUUGAGCCCGGCCCGCAUAAGGUCAAUGUUGAAUUCGCAGGCAAGCCUGUGCCUGACUCACCCUUCAAGGUCGAUGUCAAGCCCGCACCUGAAGUUGGUACUGUUCAAGUUCUUGGAUUGGAGACUCCUAUCGAAGUCGGCGAAUCAAGACCAGUCCAAAUCAACACGUCAAAGACUGGAAGACCAGACGCGCCAUGCAAAGUUACUACAACAAACCCACAAGGCAAAACGAAAGAACUACCUGUCCAACAAACGCCCGAGGGAUAUCAGACGGUUUUUGCUCCACUCGAAGAGGGACCACACAAAGUCAACGUCAAUUUCGCUGGCAAAGAAGUGCCAAAAUCGCCGUUCCCGGUUAAUGUUGAACCAAAAGUUAACCUCGGAGCAGUUGACGUGUUAGGUCUUGACACUCCAAUCAAGGUCGGAGAACCAAGGCCGAUUACGGUCAUGACCUCUACUACUGGCAAGCCAGAUGCCCCUUGCAAAGUCCAGGUCACAAACCCAAGAGGUCAGACCAUGGAACUGCCAACUCGCAAGAUUCCCGAGGGGUACAUUGCCACUCUGGCCCCGCAAGAGGUUGGCCCCCAUCGCGUAAACGUGGACUUUAACGGAAAAGAAGUGCCCAAGUCCCCAUUCAAUGUUAUGGCUGAACCUGCCAUUGAUUUCAGCAAGGUCAAGGUCACUGGACUUGAACAGCCUGUUGAAGUGGGAGAGAUUAAACCGAUCAUUAUUGAUACUGCCGAGACUGGAGUGGUUGAUGCUCCUUGCCAGGUUACCGCUACCAACCCUGUCGGCCAGGUUAGAGAACUCCCUGUACAACCCACUGCCCGAGGCUACCAGACACAGUUUGCUCCCCUGGAAGAAGGCCCGCAUCUAAUUGCUGUCAAGUACGCCGGAAAAGAAGUGCCAAAGUCGCCCUUCCCCGUCAACGCUACACCCGCAGGUCCCCCAUCUAGCAAGGUCAAGGCCUAUGGACCUGGUCUCGAGAAGGGAACUGCUGAAGCACCUUGCCGAUUCACAAUUGACACAAGAGAGGUUACAAAACCAGGCGGAAUCGGUGUUACCGUCGAAGGUCCAGCUGAGAGCAAGAUCGAAUGCGUCGAUAACCAAGACGGAACCUGUGAUGUUACUUACUACCCAGAAGUUCCCGGGGAUUACAACAUCAACGUCACAUACGGUGAUGAGCAUAUUCCGAAAUCGCCCUUCAAGGCAAACGUUACUCCCAGUGGAAAGAUUGAUGUCAGCAAAGUGCGAGCGUACGGACCUGGGUUGGAGCCUGGUGUGUUCCUGGACUCACCAACCGGAUUCACGGUCGAUGCUAAAUCAGUCACCCCUGUCGGUGAGGGCAAAGUCCGUGCCAUUGUCACAAGCCCCGACGGUAAACGAACAGAAAGUCUGGUCAAGAAUAACAAUGACGGAACUUACGAUGUGCUCUACACACCUUAUGAACAAGGCCCGAACACUAUUGAUGUGACCUACGAAAACUGCCCGAUCCCCCAGAGCCCGAUCAAGGUGAACGCCACCCCCGGGUGUGAUGCUAGCCGCGUGAAGGCUUAUGGGCCUGGGCUUGAAGGUGGAAACACAGAAGAGAAACAGGUCUUCACCGUUGAUGUCAAGGGUGCUGGACAGGGCGGUCUUGCCCUGGCUAUUGACGGGCCUGCCGAGACCCAGAUCAACUGCAAAGACAACCGUGAUGGCACAUGUGAGGUGGAGUACCUUCCAAUCAAGAAGGGAGAUUACGACAUCACUGUCAAGUUCGCCGAUCAGGAUAUCCCUGGGUCACCGUUCCAUGUUGGAAUCAAGCCAACAACCAACCCAGACAAGGUGCAGUGUUACGGACCAGGUCUCGACUCGAGCAAGGUUAAGGCCGGCAAGCCCGCAACCUUCACAGUCAACACAACUGAGGCUGGAGAGGCUCCAAUUGAUGUUUCCUACGUUACUCCAACCAAUGCCCAGAGGCAGCCAGCUGACAUUGUACCAGUUGCGGAGGGAGUCUAUGAAUGCACAUAUUAUCCAGAGGAUGAGGGAAACUGUACCGUCGAUGUCACCUUUGACAACAAGCCAGUACCCAACAGCCCAUUCAGAGUGGCUGUCCAGCCAGGCUCCCCAGCAGACAAAGUGCGCGUGACAGGUGAUGGUAUCCAGCCCACUGUUCUGGCCUCCAUCCCACAACAGUUUGUGAUCGACACCCGUGCCGCUCCCAAGCCUGCAGAGACAGAUGUUGUCAUUCAGAGGCCCGAUGGUACCUUCAUCCGCCCAGCCAUCCAGGAUAACAAGGACAGAACCUACACCGUACAGUACACGCCUGAAGAUUGUGGCCCGUACAAUAUCAAUGUUACCUACGACAAGGAGCCCGUUAAUGGAGCUCCCUUCCAAACCACCGCCCUGCCAACUGGCGAUGCCUCCAAGUGCAAGAUCACAGACGGUUUCCAGCCCACAAUUCCUGUGGACAAGGAGACUGUUAUCACCGUUGACGCCACAGAGGCCGGAACCGGAAAGGUCACCUGCAGAAUCCGCAGUCCGACCGGCGCUGAGAUUGACAUCGACAUCGUGGAAAACACCGACGGGACAUUCAGCAUCAACUUCACGCCAACGUUCCCUGGUGAUUACAGCAUCAGCAUCAAGUUUGGUGGUCAGACGAUCCCAGAGGGAGAAUACAUCGUACAGGCUGUCGAUGAUGCAGAGUGGCAAGAAUACCUACGAAAACAUCCUCCGGUUGGUGAAGACUUUAUCACCGCCGACCAAGUUGAUUCCACCCAGGCCGCUCCAGGCACUGGUGUUUUCCAGCCACAAGAAUUCUGUAUCCCAGUUGGACCUAUCUUCAACUUUGUCACUGCCUACAUCACAAUGCCAUCCGGAAAGAAGGCUAUUCCCAAGAUUGUGGACAACAAAGACGGCACUGUCACUGUGAAAUACCAGCCACAGGAGACUGGCCUGCAUGAGCUUCAUGUCUGCUACAACCAGCAGGAGAUUCCAGGCAGUCCAUUCAAGUUCCAUGUGGAUGCAGUCAACAGUGGAUUUGUGACUGCCUAUGGUCCAGGUUUGAGCCACGGUGUUGUCGGCGUACCUGCUGUGUUUACCAUUGUCACAAAGGAUGCUGGCGCUGGUGGACUUUCCCUGGCCAUUGAGGGCCCAUCAAAGACCGAAAUCAAAUGCAAGGACAACGAAGAUGGAACAUGCACCGUCACCUACCUGCCCACAGCUCCAGGGGAGUACAACAUCACUGUCAAGUUUGCCGACAAGAACAUCUCCGGAUCACCCUUCACCUCCAAAAUCACAGCUGGAGAGCCAAAACAAAAAGCCCAGAUUGGCCGAAGCAGCGAGGUAUCUCUCAAGGUCACAGAGACAGACAUCUCCAACCUUACCGCCUCCAUUAGGAGCCCAUCCGGCCUUGAGGAGCCGUGCAUGCUGAAACGCCUGCCCAAUGGCCAUCUUGGAAUCUCAUUCACACCACGUGAGGUCGGCGAACAUCUCGUCAAUGUUUACCGCAAUGGACAGCACAUUGCCAACAGUCCAUUCAAGAUCACAGUCGGAGAAACAGAGCUUGGAAAUGCAGACAAGGUCAAGGUCUACGGCAAGGGUCUUGAGGAAGGCAUGGCAAAUGAAGUUAACGAGUUCAUUGUUGACACCAGGGAAGCCGGUUAUGGUGGUCUGAGCCUGUCCAUCGAAGGCCCAAGCAAGGCUGACAUAGAGUGCCAUGACAACGAAGAUGGAACAUGCAGGGUCACAUACAAACCCACAGAGCCUGGAACUUACAUCAUCAACAUCAAGUUUGCUGAUGAGCACGUUCCAAACAGCCCAUUCAAGGUCAAGAUUGGAGGUGAACCAUCUGAGAGAAUUACGGAGAGAAUCAUGCGUCACCGUGAUGCGGUCGAUGUCACCCACGUCGGUAGCGAGUGUGAACUCAGCCUGAAGAUUCCUGCUUCAUACCUUAUGAGUAUGACUGGAUACAAAGUCUCCCAAGAGCCAGGCACUAGUCCAUUCGACAUGACCGCCUCUGUCACCAGUCCCUCUGGCGUAACCGAACUCUGCGACGUUGUCAGCCUUGAUGACUGCCACUACAGCAUCAAGUUUGUACCCAAGGAGAUGGGAGUCCACACUGUGAGCGUGAAGCACAAGGACAUGCAUAUCCCAGGCAGUCCCUUCCAGUUCACCGUUGGCCCCAUUGCCGGUGGUGGAGCACACAAGGUCCACGCUGCAGGACUUGGUCUUGUCCGCGGAGAGGUUAGCCAGCCAAAUGAGUUCAACAUCUACACACGUGAGGCCGGUGCUGGAGGUCUCUCCAUCGCUGUGGAAGGCCCAUCCAAGGCCGAGGUGGACUUUGAAGACAGGAAGGAUGGAUCAUGUGGUGUCACAUACAUCGUCUCCGAGCCUGGGGAGUAUCUUAUCUCCAUCAAGUUCAACGACGAGCAUAUCCCAGAAUCUCCGUUCCGUGUCCCAAUCUCCCCAAGCAUUGGCGAUGCUCGCAAAAUCUCCGUCAGUGCCCUCCAACAGAAGGGCUUGGCAAUUGGCAAGCCCUGCUCAUUUGUGGUGAACUUCAAUGGUGCGCCCAAGGGUAGACUGCAGGCCCGCGUCGUCAGCCCGUCUGGUGCUGAGGAGGAAGCCCUCGUACAGGAAAUUGAUGAAGGAGAGUAUGUUGUACGUUUCAUCCCACGUGAGAACGGCCCCCACCUCGUGUACGUUUCGUUUGACGGCUGCCAGAUCCCUGAAAGCCCGUUCAGGAUCCAGGUGGGCUCCGUCCACGCCGACCCCGGAAUGGUGCAGGCUUACGGAGAUGGGCUCAAGACUGGCAAAACUGACCAGACAGCCAAAUUCAUCGUCAACACAGUGAACGCCGGAUCUGGUGCCUUAUCCGUCACGGUUGAGGGCCCAUCCAAGGUGAAACUGGAAUGUCGCGAGGUUGAAGACGGCUACGAGUUCUCCUACACACCCACUGCCCCAGGCGAUUACCUUAUCUCCAUUAAAUAUGCCGGCACAAACAUCGCUGGUAGCCCAUACAAGGCCAGAAUUGAAGGUCAGGGUAAACCCAGUGGCUUCCAGGAACAGGCUUCCGUUGUCGUGGAAACCGUCACCAAAACAAGCUCAAUGAGCAAAUUCGCAUCGUUCGCUCCAUUCGUAUCCGACGCAUCCAAGGUCACUGUUGAGGGCAACGGUCUGAAGAAAGGCUUCCGAAACAAACAGUGUACCUUCAAUGUGGACUGCUCACAUGCUGGUAACAACAUGCUGUUCAUUGGAAUGAUCGGUCCCAAAGGCCCAUGUGAGGAACUGUGCGUGAAACACUACCCAGGACAGCCGUACAAGAUCACAUACCUCGUUAAGGAACGCGGAGACUACAUGCUUGCCAUUAAAUGGGGCGAGGAGCAUAUUCCCGGAUCACCGUUUUACGUUAAAGUUGAAUAAAGGACUUGAAACUUAUUGCUAAAAUUUUAUAGUUACAAAUUACAAAAAACUUACAUUUCAUGUUUUCAAUGUUUUCAUUGACAUGAAAAAAACUUUGAUAAAAUAAUUAAAUUAGUUAAAAAUAAUCAUUUCAUGCAUUUUCAAUGUUUUUCGUUGAUUCAUCGACAUUCUAGCUACAUGUUUUCAUGACAAAUUUGUAUAUGAUUUGUCGUGUAUUAUAACAUGUAUAAUCAAUUAUCUUGCCUUUUUAGCAUAUGCAAGUACAUGUUGCAAAGGUGUUAAAGCAUAAUCGACCCUGCGUCUGUUCUGUAGAUUUGAAUGAGUAUCGCAAAUGAUGGAUACAGUAUAAAUGAAGCUGAAAGAAUAUUUUCGUCUGUUAUUUGUGAAUCAAGUUUGAAUCUUGCAUGGAACGCAAAAUUGAUCGAAAGUGUUUUCAUUGUGAUUAAUUAGUCUUUAUUAAAAUGAAUGAAUGACUUAACUUGUUUUGAAAGACACAAUGUGAAUGGAAUUUACUCACUACAUAAUGGUGCUGAUGAACAAUAUUAAAAGUAGUUACUGAGCUACUGUAUAACAGUUUAUAUCUAUUUUGUUUAUUAACCAUGUUGUUGUUGUAUUUGUUUACAUUUUGGAAUUGUGUACCAAUGUACAUCAAUGGUUAGACUAUGCAAUCUAUGUACAUAUAAAUCUAAUAUUGUUCUUUUGUAGCUGGAUUCAUAAUUAUGAAGUGCUAUAUUUAUAGAAUACUUUUCAUAAUGAAAGAAAUAUUGCCUGUUGAAAAGGUUUAAAAAAUUAUAGCGGCAGCAAAUAAACUAUCACAAUUAAAAUUUCAAAUUAUUGUAGCAUUAAAUGUUUCCGUAUUUUACAUACAGAAGUUGAAUCUCUAUGUCUUUUUUAUGUUGUAUACAAUAUAUAUUGAAAUAUAGACUUUUUCUGUGUAAGCUUUUUUUGUACAGGUCAGUGCAAUUACGAGUGUUAGGUCACUUUAAUGAAUUUCAUCUUAUGCUUACAAAGUUGUUUGCAAAACUUACUUAAAUUCCUUACAAUGAAUAAGAAAGUUAACAUUGUUUUGCAUUCAGCUAUUGCUAUGUGUUUAACUUAAUUAGGCUUGUUUUCAUAAAUUAUCUGUUACAAAUGUUUUGUAUGUUUCCUGCAUAUAUUUACUAUUGUUACUAUUUUUUUAAUGUUUAUAAAACUUUAUUAGCCAACUAUAUAUUGUUAAACAGCAGUGAAUGUUAUUUUUACGUUUUCAUAUUGUCUUUGUUCUGUAAAUAAUACAUUGUAUGUAUCAUAUUUAAAUGUGACCCCCAUAAUUUAUCAGUGGUAUGUUAGAUUAGCAAAGGUCAAGGUUAUGAAUUCAAGGUCAUAUUAAUUUCAGAUAAUUUUUCUGAUAUUUCAAACAAUAAAUAUUCCUUCACCUUAAGCGAUAAAAAAUUAUGUUUACAUAUAAAGGAUAUAAGAUAUCAGAUAUAGAAAGAUAUUCCACCUGAAUUGAUAAUAAAUGACCUUGACCUUUAUAUAGAGUUUUUUUACUGAACCCCAAUCGUUAAGAGUAACGCUAUAUGUAUAUAAUUCUGAAGGAUUGUUAAGAUAUUUUUUUUUGUUUUUGGAAUGCUUAAUGUUAUCCCUAAUGCUUUAAGUAUGUGUAGUCUAAAUAUAGAAAAGCAUCUUGUGCUCUUUCAUAUCAUUUUUAAAGGUACAUAUAGGCUUUCUGAUACUCAGAACAGACUUGAACGUUUAAUAUGAAAUAGUGUAGGAAUUGAAUAGUGAAGUUUUGUUGGAAAGAUUUUGCUUUUAUAGUCAAAGCUGAUACACGCCAGCAAAAACGGUGAAAGAAAAAUGAAAUUGGAAUGAUCCAUGAAAGGAAUUACUCUAUGGGUAUGCCAAAAAUAUGGUUGAAAGUUCAUAUUCAUUACUCAAUGAAUUUGGUUUAUAUAUUAUAUUGCUGGUUUUUGGAUGUUCAAAGUAUGAUAUAGAAGCUUAUGUAGCGCUAACAAAUAUGUUACAUUUGUCAAUAAAAAUGUAAGUUUCUCA